CAGUGUUACCAACUUAAUCGACUUUCAUGGCGAUACGCGAUGCGACGAAGUUGAGUCUUCCAGUUUGUAAAGAUAAUUUGCAAUUUAAUUAAUUACUCUACGAUUGUAAUGAGUUUCCAAAUAUACUGAAACGUUGUGUCUACAUUGUAGUAGUGGAUAAUUACGUAAAAACAUUAAAUUAUGCAGUGUCUACUAGCUGGACAGUUAACAGCUACGUGUGCCCGUACAUUAUUUUUAGAGUAAUAGUGGUUUGUGAAAAUGGUAACGUCUAAUAAACAGCCGGAUAAGAAAAUAGUGAAAAUGGCGGAACAAAACACCGUGGCUGUUGUGCCCCAAAGGACCUUGCUAGGUGAAGUCAAUGAACAUAUAACAUGUCCGCUAUGUCGAGGCUAUUACAUAGACGCGACAACGAUCGUAGAAUGUUUACACUCUUUCUGUCGGAGUUGUAUUAUUAAACACUUACGAGCGAAAAGUUACUGUCCUGUUUGCGAAAUGAUGAUUAACUCUGCCAAGCCUAACAUCAAGCUAGACAAAGCACUUCAGGACAUUGUGUACAAACUUGUACCAGGACUGUUUCAAAGAGAAAUGGAAAGGCGACAGCAGUUUUAUUCUUCACGACCAGGUCCAGCUGCUACUGCCACACCUGAACAGAGAGGUGAAGAUACAGAAAGAAUAAUUUUCAGUCCUGAAGAUGUGAUCUCAUUUUCUUUAGAAUAUGCUGAUGCCACUGACACUGAUAGCAUAUCCAGUAAGUCUUCAGAUAGUAAUGAGCCGCAACCAGUGCCAACAACACCAAGAAGGUUUUUGCAGUGUCCAGCAGUGGUAAACAUUAGCCAUCUCAAAAAGUUUUUGAGUAUGAAAUUUGACAUUGAUAGUACUCAAUUUGCUAUUGAUAUUUUGUAUAAGAGAGUUCCUUUACCAGACUACUAUACAUUGAUGGACAUAGCUUACAUAUACAACUGGAAGAGAAAUGAGCCAAUGAGAUUUUUCUAUCAAAUAAUAGAUUAUGUUGCUAUCAGAAAUAGACUAUUUGAAAUCAAUAAAAAAGGUUCAGGUUCUGGUCAUUUAAGAGAUAGAAAAUCAAGUCCAGCAUUAACUGAAGACACAAAUGUUAGUAGUCCAGCACCUCAUUUAAAUGACCAAGGCUCUGAAGCUUCUUCAGGUACGGAUAGUCCUAUGCCUGAUGAUACUACUAGUCAAGCAAGUGACUCUAUUAAAAAGGUUGAAAAAGCAGCGUUGCAAAGUAGUAAAAAUUUAGAUGAGUCUAAGAAUCUUGAGAGACAAUCUGACACACCUAAAAAGAAUGAUGAUGAAGUUGAAAAGUCUCAAUUUCUCAAUUCCUUUGAAUUGACUGCUAAGAGCAUGUUACCACUUAAAUCAUCACCAAUAAAAUCUUCUGACGAACAGAGCACAUCUAGUGAAACACCAACCAAGAACCAGUCAAAAGAAUUGUCUCCAAAAGUAGAAGAAAAAGUUGGAGAAACAUCUAAAAGGAAAUUUCAAACCUCACCUCAUACGCCGGAAUUAAAAAAGCUUAAAAUAGAACUUGAAAAAGCAAAAAUAACUAAUUUAGUUACAAGUGCUUCUGCUACUGCAACAACAACAAGUGCAACAACUUCCAUUCAAAGUAAUAGAUCUUUGGACACUCCAAUAAAAGGAAAAGAUGUUGAAGGACUCUCUAAGAACUCACAAACACCAACUACUGUCAGUUCACCAUCCCCCAUGGUAGGUCCUCCAAAAGAAAUGAAACAGCAAGCAAUGAGUGCAAAGCAACAAGAAGGUCCUGGAGUGAAAAGAACUGUAUCACUACCCCAAAAUACUUCAUCUCCAAAACGGAAACCACCAAAUGAUGCUCCUCUGGCUGCACAGUCUCAAGGACCUCAGAAAACAAUUUCUCCACUUAAAUUACAGAUACCAAAGCCGGAAACAACAACAGCCAAUCAAAAACAGCCAGAAGUACAAAAGCCUCCAGUCAAAAAGAUGCCUGAUUUAAAGCCUAGUGUUCCUAUGUCUAACAAAGGACAACAUAUCAAUAAAGUGAGAAUGGAUCUAUUAGCAAAUAAUAGUGAUCCAACAAUAGAUAGAAGUAAAAUAUUAUCUCAAGUUCAAUCAUCACUUGGUUCACCAAUGUCAGGAAGUCCACAAUCUGGUGAUCCUUUGAAGUCAUUAUUAGAUACAUGUAAAAUGAGAAUACCUUCUUCCCUAUCUAUUACACUAACUGAUCAAAAAUUAGAUGCUCGUAAUGCUGCUGAGGUAGCAAAUACAGAUCCGAAGAAAAGUAUGGUAAAUAAAAACCUGGCUGGUGCUAGUAACACUGCCCAUAAAGUCCCAAGCCCUCCAGUUCAUAAUUAUAUAGAAAUAUUAAAAUUACCAGACACUGAUCCAAAAAAUAAAAAAGGAGAAGGUGCUAAUGAGACUAAGCCAAGUCAAGCAGGUAAAAAUGAUGGCACUGCAACUCCAACCAAACCUCCAACAAAGUCAUCAGAAAGUUCAGCUAAGGGCCCAGUUCCAAACUUGAAACCUAUUUCUGAUACAAAACGAACUUUUCAAGAAACUUUUGAACAACAGUUAAAAAGCUUACAAGCUGAUAAAAAAUCCAAAUUAACGAAAAAUAAAGCACAAGUUCCCAAAUUGGUGCCUGCAACCCCUAAAGCUAUUAGUGCUGCAAAUAAGUCAAGUAAUUCUACAAACAAGCCAAGUCCCAAUAACAUGCCCAUAUUAGAGAACAAGCCUAGCACUGCUCUAGAUUUAUCUACUCCUCAUAACUUACAAAAUCAGUUUCCACAACAAACCUUACAUAAGGCCUUUGAAACAAUGCAGUCUAUUGACAGUUUGGCUAAGAAACAGAGUCUACCUAAUAAAGGCAUUCCUUUGAGUAUGCCACAAAACAAUGUUUUCUCUAGCAGUAUUCCUAACAGACCACUAAACUCAGGGGUCAGCCCAUUAAGAAUUCCUUCAACAUCUAACUUGGGUCAGUUAAAAUUGGACAAAACCAGUCCACAGCUAAGCAACAGACAAGAAAUGUCUGGCACCAAAAUAAAUCCAAUGAAACCAACAAAUACUGGUAAUUCCAAUGUUCCAUCUCCAAACUUUCAAAUGGCUCAUACAUCUCCUAGUGCAACACAACCUUCGCCUAGGUCUCAAACGCGUUCCCCUAGCUCUUCUCCAAAAUUAGUAAUAGCUGAAGAAAAGCAAGCAGGUAGCUCUGGUUCAGAACAAAAUCAGUCAGAUCAGAUUACAAGUACUCAAAUACCCAGUAUCAACACAAAUAAUGAACAGUUGGCAGUGCCACCUGGGACUUCAAAAGCUGGACUAAAACCUAUGCUUCCAGCUGGAAGGAUACCAGGAAUAAGACAACCUCUACCAACAAUUCAAAAAACAAGUCCUUUGCCUAACUUACCUGAUUACAGACUGUCUCAAGCACGACAACCUUUGAUUUCACCCCAACAUGUGUUAUUAAGACAUCAUAUGGAAGUAAAUGCGUGGAUAGAAGCCCAACGACAAUUGGAGUUGAUCAAGAGUAUGUCAACAAAUAUUGCUCACCAGUCACAGAAUGACUUCAACAAUAAGGACAAACAUACAUUUUGUGAUCUGAUGAUUAUGGCUGGAGUGCAGGCAACUAUCCAGUUUAGGUCUCGCAAGAAGGUGUAUCUAGAUGAAGAUGUUACUAACGAAAACAAAAAUAUAUUAAAUAUCAGGAAAACUGGUGAAAGGAAACUGAAAAGGAAUAUUAAAGAUUUGAAAAAAGAUAUUGAUGAUGAUUGCACUCCUGUAAAGGUGUCGCGGAGAGAGACUGUAGCGAGUAAAGUCACUGCAAAAAAAGACAGUGAGGAAGAGAACCAGAAACCUUUAACUAGCAGGGAGAAAGAAAUCGGAUGGCUAGAUAACUUUUUGACUGAACAUCUUGACAAGGAAGAGUCUGCUUCACUCUACAUCUCAGGCCAGCCCGGUACUGGGAAAACUGCUAGUCUAUCUUACAUUUUGAACUUACCUAAGUUCAAAGAAGGAUACAAACAAGUAUACAUUAACUGCACGAUGAUGAAAUCCGCCGCUAGUAUCUACAGCAGAAUAUGCAAAGAGCUUCAGUUGCCAACAUCAGGAACAACAGAGAAAGCAUGCUUCAAUGCUAUUGAAAAAUAUUUAAAGAAGAAACACAAAAUGAUACUUUUAGUAUUGGAUGAAAUAGAUCAACUAGACAGCAAGCGACAAUCUGUUUUGUAUACAAUAUUCGAAUGGCCUGCGAUGGCUGAUUCGCGCGUCGUGUUGAUCGGCAUCGCCAACGCAUUGGACCUGACAGAGCGAACCUUGCCACGACUUCAAGCUCGUUGCUCCCUCCGACCUGAAACUCUUCACUUCGCUCCGUACACCAAAGAACAGAUUAUUAACAUAUUUACCAAUGUACUAGCAAAUGAAGAUAAGAGCAACGUGUUCUCUCCAGUCGCCUUACAAAUGCUUGCAGCUAAAAUCUCCGCCAUAUCAGGAGACAUGAGAAGAGCGUUAGAUAUAGGACGAAGAGUAAUAGAACUCGCGAGAAGGACAAAGUUUUCUGACAACCAGUCUAUAGACAAUAUGAUGAAAGAUUCCACAGUUACUGUGGAAUUGAAACAAGUAUUAGAAGUGCUUAACGACGUAUACGGUGGCUCGCGAAAGAUCGAGUCCGACGCUGAAGACGGAUUUCCACUACAGCAAAAAUUGAUCUUGUGUAGUAUAAUGUUAAUGCUGACAAAGGGGAAGGUGAAGGAAAUCCUCAUGGGGAAGCUGCACGAUGUCUAUAAAAAAGUGGCGACGGCUCGCAACAUAGUGCCGCUAGACAUGUGCGAGAUGAGUGCGGCGUGUGGGUUGCUGGAGGCGCGCGGCGCGCUGCGCCUGGGCGCGGGGGCCAGUGCGCGUGCGCGGCGCCUGCGCCUGCAGUGGGACCGCGCCGAGCUCGCCGCUGCACUACGAGACAAACCCCUUCUAUCUGCCAUACUUGAUGACGUCAGCUGCCUACCUUCCUAGCACAUCGAAAACUCACAACAUCUAGAGAAAUUCCUAGGUUAGUUUCUAAAAUUUGCAUUACUAUGUGAUGAGUCCGACACACCCAUUUGUUUGGGUGUAUAUUAUAAUUUUUUAAGUAUGUAUGUGCUUACUAAAUUGACUGAAUGUAAACUGCAUUUUAAUGCAGGUUGUAUAGAUUUAAGUUUUUUAAAUCUUAUUAUGAUUAUAGACUCGAAUUUGUUUGUUAAGGUCUAUUUUACAAUGUCUGACUAAGUUUUUGUAUAUCUGGUUGACUAAAUUUGACGUAUUUUUCAUUUUAAACUUACUUAAAAUGUAUGAGUCGGACGAACAUGAAUUCAAACAUUGUGAAAUAGGCCCUAUGUUGUUUUAUUUUUGUAACUUACGACAUGUAAUCAGUUAACUUGUUUGCCCUAGUGAUUGUAUCUUAACAUGUUGAGUGCCUUCAAUUAAACAUGAAAUACGAGGCUGUGUGUAUAAAUGAUGAGAUGAACAGACUGUAUCUGUUAGCUUUUAAGACUUUAUUGUUAUUAAAUACACGAGUAUUGGUUACAUAAGAGAAUACUUGUGAUCUUAAAGUAAUAACGUGUAAAAACAGUGAGCGCUUCUCGUUUAAUGUGUAGUUAUUUAUUUAGUGUGUAUAUAUGAAUGUUUAAUUGCAAGCAAAUAGGCCAUUCUGUUUGAGGUCAAUGGCUUUUUAAGGUUUUUAAUGUAAUGAAAACCCACCUAAUUGCUUAUUAUUUACAAAUGCUCAUAUUUAUAUGCCGACAUCAUGUACUUCCUGAUGUAUUAGCAAAGAGUAAUAAGAAUUAAUAAGUACAACAACAUCAUUGGAGCAUAUUUUAAUUACAUCUGUGUUUAUAUUCGUAUUGAAUGAACAUAAUCGCAACUCGCGAUUAUUCAGACGUCGACGAGUAAUCGAUAAGCGAAUUUCCACUAGUUGACAUCCUUAUUUAUUAUGUGUGCAAGUCCAUACUUAUAUUAUCAAACAAUAUGUUAUAUCGAUAUAUCAAAGUCUCCGUUCAAGUGCCAAUAUGCGCGGCGUUAUAAGUUAGAAGUCUAGUUUCUCAAGCCGUGUACUAAUGCUAUAUUUAUUUUCCGUUAUACGUACAAUCAUCCAAGUUAUAUUCAGUAUGUAGGUAAGAAAAUAAAUAAAUAAAAUUAAUAUUUAAUAUAGUAUAGGGACAGUCAGCCAACAGUAACAGUACCUGGUUAGGUACAAGUAUUUCAAGCAGUAUAACAGUCUCUUUACUGAAAUCCAAAAUAACUUGGCUGACUGUACUUACCUAGUAACAAAUUCAAAAGUUGUGAAAACAAACUAAUAAGUUCUGUCGAAUAAUCACAAUUACUCAGUCAUUGAGUACGAAAGUGGCAGUAAAAAUAUUGCAAUGUUUUUACCUUUCGACGAUUGAACUUUGUGUAAUCUUGGUAAUUUAUAGAGUAUUUGUAUACUUAGUAGAUGAAUAUUUAGUGCCAAAGUACAAGAAGGCACAGGUUACUUGGAAAACUAUUGCUAAUCCUAUUAUUUUCUUUUGAUGAAUAGAAAUCUGCUAGAAGUAAUGAAAAAUAUGAGUACCUGUGAUUAACACGCGACAUAAAUAUGUCUUGAUCAUGAAUACAUGUGCUAAACUAGUAAAAGUAAUGUUUUACACGCGUAAUAGUGUGCGUUUUUGUAUUUACAAUUUCUCAUUAUAAAGAUAAAAGUUUUUUGAUUGAUUCAUGUACAAUUGUUCGACAAAGUAAGUAAAACUUUCUUGACCUCACACGCUAAAGUCUAGAAAGAAAGCACCGCGCUUAGUGUGCGCUGUUGUAUGUAUGUUACCUAUAGGAUUGUUUGCACCGUUUUAUUACGUGACGAGAAUUUCCAAUUAUGUAAUUUAAACAUGUUUUUGUUUCGUUUUUGUCGUCUAUUGAUUUGUUUAAGAAAACUUUUUUAUCUGUUUGUCUAUUACUGUAAUAAUCGUGUCUUGUUAGGUUUUGUAACCUUUUUUUAUUGACGUUUUUUAUCUUGAAUAAUUUCCUAUUGAUUUUCUUUACUUUUGUACUCAUAUAAUUGACCUAGUAUGUACCUACCUAGUAUCUUUUAUAAUUAUGUAGUGCUAUUUUAAAAAUCCAAAGUUAGGUAAUAAUUAUGUCAAUUGUAUGUAUGAAUUGUUUUAGUAUAGUGGUAUCUUUCAAUAAAAAUACUUUGAACAUCA